CAGAGAUAUCGGAUGGAUAGAGUGUCACGUGAAUGUAAGAAGGCCAAAUAAAGACAUUCUAUACUUCAGUCUGUCUUUACCUCGCUGGACCAAACACGCUCUCACUGUGUCUUAAGAGUGAAGCAGAGACAAAUGAGGAGAACGGUAGAGAGCUUCUACAGGAAGUUAGUGAGACACAGAGAGACACAAAGACAUGCAUAUAGAAUUUAAAAUAAGGUUUGAAUGUAUUUCUUCGGAUUUUUGAAGACGACAUUGAUUGCUGAAAAACGUUUGCCAGGCCUUCCCGAAAGCGGCUUGAGUUGCAGAAUAGAAUUUUGAGAAAUACACAGGAGUUGUAAUUGCACUGACAAAACUUCAGAUACAGUAGGCCCGUACUGGGAGGGGUAAACAGGUGUUGUCUUACUGUGUGUAAGAGAGAGAAAGAAGGGGAAGAGAAGGAGAGAGCGUGUCAUUGUUGCAGCGAUGUUCAUGAUUAUUCGAGAAGGAUCAGCGGGCGUGGCAAGUACCACCGGAAUGUCCGCUCCACAUGAGAGAACAGCAAAACAGGUGCAGGCCGCAAUUAAGAAAAAAGUGGAGAAACAGAAGAAACAAAUUGAAAUGGGCGUGGUGGAGGCAUUCAGCAGUAAUACAAGACCCAAAGUCAGACAGAAAUGGAAUAAGCCCAUUCAGUCUAACAAAAAAGCUGAUGGUGGUGAGGAAGAAGAUGAAGAGGAACAUGACGAGACCGGGGAACCAAAGGAAAAAGAGGAAACUGAUCUUGUUGCUAUUGUUGCAUCUGUUUUCGGCCAAGACCGAGAACUGCGUCCAGAAGAAAUAGAAGAACUAAGAGAAGCCUUCAAAGAGUUUGAUAAGAACAAAGGUUACAUUAACUGCAGGGACCUGGGCGAAUGUAUGCGAACUAUGGGAUACAUGCCGACAGAGAUGGAACUCAUUGAAUUGAGUCAACAAAUUGGUGGAGGUAAAAUUGACUUUGAAGACUUUGUGGAGCUCAUGGGCCCAAAAAUGCUGGCAGAGACAGCAGACAUGAUCGGAGUCAAAGAGCUAAGAGAUGCUUUCAAAGAGUUUGACUCCAACGGUGACGGGCAAAUCAGCGCCACAGAACUGAGAGAAGCAAUGAAAAAACUGAUGGGACAACAGCUGAAUCCCAGAGAUAUUGACGAUAUUCUCCACGAUGCAGACCUCAAUUGUGACGGACUGGUUGACUUUGAAGGUGAGACAAUGUUAAACAUAAACAAUGAUAACAAAUAUUUGCAAAAUACCUUUACAUUUUUACUUUGCUAACAUCUCAAAUUGCAAAUUUUUCUUCUGUUUCCCAUCUCAUUAAACCCUCAGAGUUUGUGAUGAUGAUGUCACGCUGAUUGAAGCCACAAAGAUAUUUCCCACGUAUAGCACUUAAUUUCCAACUCGGGACAAAAUGGGGACAGUGCAACAAUACGCCCUUUUCACAUGACGUCACGCAUCUUUCGUUCUGCCGCGAAGCAGUGUAUCAUUACUUCCGCUAGCACUCCAGUUCAUAAGGUGGCGAUAAUGCACCUAUAAGCUGGUUUGCCAACUGCCAGUAAAACUCAAGAAGAAGUUACUACUAGCGCCUCAGAAUGGAGUUUACCAAGUCCCUUGCACAUCUGCCACAAAUACGGCUAGAUGAUGUACAACGUUGUGACAAGCAGAGUGGGACGAGAGAGAUGCUCGACAAGAUCAAAGCUAGAGAAAGGAUACAAAUUCUUCGUUGAACAGUACCUGUUUGAUUAUGAAGGUAUUUUCUUUUUGUGUUAGCGAAGGUGCUAGGAUAAGUAGGAAUACGUGUUCUGUCAGUUUUUUUCUCACUAUUGUUAAAUUCCAGCACGACGGCAAAACGGAAGUUCUUCUUCUUCUUGUUGUUUGUUGCAAGACGGAUGUUAUGAUACACUGCUUUGCAAAAAGGCGGAAGUUAAGUGACGUCAUUGUGAAAAGGCCUUAUUGUAGCAAGGGCUCUUGAGAUUAACACUAUUUGUAAAUGAACGCUUGACACAUAAUAUUGAUUUAUUAAGCAUUAUUUAAACAAAACAAAACAAAGUGUCUCUUAUUGUUUAAACAGUAUUUAGGCAGUGUUUGUCUGAUUAAUGAUUGUUUUAAAUUUGUAAAAUUGAAAUUGGGUUUAGUUAAGUUUUUCAAUAAAACUAUUUG